CCUUGCAUUAUCUGGUCCCUCCCAACUUGGUCGUAGAGAGAGGGAGAAGGACAGCAACUACUUAAUUAACCUCUCUCGUGCCUAGCAGAUUUGAUAUCGAAUCUACAAGUCUGUCAUUCGGAGACAUUGAUCACCAUGUCGUUCAGUGGAACCCAGGACAAAUGCAAGGCCUGCGACAAGACUGUGCAUUUCAUUGAUCUCCUGACUGCUGAUGGAGUCCCUUAUCACAAGGCCUGCUUCAAGUGCAGCCACUGCAAAGGAACUCUUUCUAUGUGUAGUUAUUCUUCGAUGGAAGGCGUCCUCUACUGCAAACCUCAUUUUGAGCAGCUCUUCAAGGAGACAGGCAACUUCAGCACAAAAUUCCCAGCAUCUGGGGGGAAAUCUGGAGAGAAGGAACAGGCUAAGGCUCCAAGCAAGGUCUCCUCUAUGUUCUCUGGAACACAAGACAAAUGUGCAAGCUGCAACAAAACUGCUUACCCACUGGAAAAGAUUUCGGUGGAGGGUGAAAUAUACCACAAGACGUGCUUCAGGUGCUUCCAUGGCGGGUGCACCCUGACGCCGUCCUCCUACGCGGCGCUCGACGGCGUGCUGUACUGCAAGCACCACUUCGCGCAGCUGUUCAAGGAGAAGGGCAGCUACGACCACCUCACCCAGGUUGCGAUGAAGCGCAAGUCUGAGGAUUCGCCGGCGCUGGAAGAGGCGGCGGCGACGGUGGCGGCGGAAGCGGCAGAGGAGCAGGGGAAGCCAGAUGAGGAGCAAUCGUGAACUAAGCAUCCAACUUUUUGUUUGUCGUUUGCAUCUUGCGUUCUGCCACUUCACGGCCAGGUGUUAAUUUGUGAUUUUAUCGAGUUGAAGGCAAGAAAAAUAAUGUGAUAUUGUCCAUCUGCUGUUGCAAAAGGUGACCUGUAUCGACUGCUAAAUUGAUACAAAAUCUGAUAAUCAGGUGUUACCAAACCAAACUAAGGGAG